UUCCCUCCCGACUGUUUCAGUACAGCAAUCAACUCACUUCUUACACUCGCUCAACGUGGGAUAAUCCCGAAACUUCAGAAGAAACCCACCCCGGAAAAAACCGUUGCGCAACCAUCUCCAACCGCUGACAUGAAGUACACCAUCAUCACCGCCUUCUUCGCCGCCUACGUGGCCGCAGACGCGACCACGGAAGCCGUCAACAGGCUCGCUGCCCAGGUGCCCACCUGCGCGUUGACCUGUGUUACCAGCGCUGGCCAGUCUGUCAACUGCGGCGUCACAGACUUCAAGUGCUCCUGCUCCAAGGCAGACCAGCUCACACAAGUUUUCACCGACUGUCUCUCCAAGUCCCCCUGCAGCCCCGAUGAUCAAACAAAGUCCCUCGAGGUCGCUCAGCAGAUUUGCGCGUUGUUUGGCAACACCCCCGCGUCUGCAUCGGGUGCUGCUCCAUCGGGUGCCGCUGCAUCGAGUGCCGCUGCUUCCGGUGUCUCGGCCGCUACAGCCGGGAACAACGCAGCUACCACCUCUCCAGGAGCCGCAGCCGCAACCAGCUCAAAGCCCGCCGCCGCCGGCAAGGUCGAGGCUGUUGGCUGGGCUGGCGCUAUCGCCGCUGUUGCCGCCCUGGCUCUCUAA